AUGGCUAACUGUUCGCUCGUCGCCCCUGGCCUGGUGUCACAAUAUGGCGGCCAGGCCCCGACAUUCAGUUAUCGUCAAACAAGUCACAGUGGUGAUUACUUCGGGAUCCAGAUGACCUACAUGAACGGAGCGUCUACUUGUUACAGUGGCAAACCCAACUUCACUCCAGUCAUACAGAACCCAGCCCAAGGAUUCAGCGUGGACUGUACGUUUGUAAUAUCUUCGUCAUACUCUGGAAUCUACUGCCCCAGUGCUCCGGUCACCCGCAUUCCUAACGGCGUCCUCACCGUUUCUUACAAGAACUGGGUUAACAACCAGCCCACGCCAAUCGCUUUUCCGGCUACUUUCGGUCCUUCACCUGCCCCAAGAGCAGUGACUGCAACUGCUGGAGCUGUAGCAACCUCCACCGCAACGCAAACGUCGACUGUUUCGCCAGGCUUCGCUUCCACUGUCACUGUGUACGCCGCCGGUGCCACCCAGACCUACACAAACACAAUUAUUGUUACCCAGACUCGGACCACGACCAACACCAAUUACGUCAGUUCUUGCGCUGCCCCCUCGGUUGUUUCGAGCUCCAGUAGGUCACCAGCGUCUAGCUCUGGGACCUCGUCUAGCACGGCUAGCGCGUUCCCGACCCCCAGCGGACUGUCCAACAGCUGCCCAGAAGAUGACGGCAAGUAUGUCUACACAUCAGCAGGUACCUUCCAGAUCACUUGUAGCUACGACCGUGACGGUACGACUACUGGCUUGUUCCAUCCAGGCAACGGCCUCCUGGGUUGUGUCGACCUGUGCGCGAACACUCGAGGUUGCGUUUGGUCGACGUACUACAGCGCUCAGGAUGCCUGCUACCUCAAAUUUGGCACAGGCGUCCCCAACUACAGCACCGCCGCAUGGAGUGCCAAUUUGAUCACUGCGUCGUCAUCAUCGACUCCAGUCCCAUCUACUUCUCCUGCCAUUUCAUCGCCGAUAUCAUCGCAAGUCGCUACCUCCUCAUCAAGGGCCUCGUCGAGCUCCGCUGCAGCUCCAGCACCUUCGCCGUCAUCGAGCUCUUUGUCAAGCCCCUCGCCAAGUCCUUCGCGAAGUUCAUCAUCAUCGGCAGCUCCAUCGCCAUCGCUUUCGAGUCCCGCUGCAUCUCCUUCGAGUCCCGCUGCGUCUUCUUCGAGCCCCACUGCAUCUUCUUCGAGCUCUGUUGUGUCUUCUGCAUCAUCGCCAAGUGCUACAUCUACCAGCAUCACAUGCCCAUAUGACAACGGCAAGACAGUCAACACAGCUUCCGGUGCGUUUGUAGUAGAGUGCUACAUCGACCGAGUGGGUGGUGACCUCAGCACGGAGUACCCUGAUGGAGGCUUUAACGGAUGUAUUCAGCUUUGUGCUAACACUCCCUAUUGUGUCGAUGUCUCGUAUUUCCCGAACGGACCUUGCUACCUGAAGAAGAACCUAGGUACCCCUAGCUCUAACAAUGGUGUAUGGGGGGCUAGGUCAGCAGCCGUUCCUCUUUCGUCGAGUGCAGUUUCUUCCACCGCUGCUUCUAGUGUCAUUACCUCAUCUCCUGCGGCGACCUCGACCAGCUCUGCCACAACGGCAAGUUCUUCUUCGUCCGCUGCGGUCACAUCAUCAUCUGUUGCUUUUUCCUUGGCUGCAGUGUCGUCGGAGCCAGCGGUGACUGCUUCAUCCUCCGCCGGUGUUUCAGCCACGACCACUUUGACAGGUCCAGUCGCAACAUCUUCUGUGGGUUGCCCUGGAAGCAACGGUCAGACUAUCGAGACAAGUGCAGGUACAUUCCUCGUCGAAUGUGGCAUCGACCGCGGUGGCAACGACAUGGUGGGUUCGCCCGUAUACCCUGGAUCGUACGAAGCUUGUGUCUCAAAUUGCGCUCUGCGUCCUGGUUGCGUGGUUGUUUCUUAUAUCGCCUUCGGGCCCUGCUAUUUGAAGAGCGGCGCUGGCACAGCCAGUCAGAAUGCUAACAUCAUUGGAGGUAGACUGAUCAGCAGUUCCUUGAGCUCUAGUACUGCAGCAGCUUCUUCAGAUGCGGCAUCAUCUUCGGUCGUGGCGUCUUCGUCAGUUGUAACUUCAUCAGCUCCAAUUUCGACGCCAGUUGCCACAUCUGGGGCCGGUUCUCCAGUGCAGACCGUCACCGUUACGACUACUAUUGGUGGUACUGGAUAUCAGUGCGCCUGCACGCCAACAAACAACCUGGGCUCUGGAUCAGCUUCUUCAGCCGCCACAUCCCCGGCUGCUACGUCUGCUGCACUUGGCUGCCCGUCUUCCGACGGUUCGACCUUCACAAGCAAUUGUGGGGCCAUGUACGCUAUCGAGUGUUACUCUGACCGCUAUGGCUACGACAUUCCCGGGGGCCCAUCGUACACCAACACUCUCAACGACUGUAUCGCAGAUUGUGACAGCACCGACGGCUGUAUUGAUGUAUCAUACAUCCCAGGGUCCCCCGGCCCUUGCUACAAGAAGAGUAGCAUCGCCGAGAUCCGUCCUAACAACAACAUCUUUGGUGCUCGCCAACUCACCCAGUGCAAAGCGUCCACCAAGCUCAAGCUUCACCGUAAGCGCGUUGUCCGCACACCAACGGAACUCAAGAAGAAAAUCCAGAAGCGCGGAGUCUACGGUCCAGACUACACUUUUACUCAGGGAGCCACCACAACGAUUCAGACAACAACUUCCACUGUUGUUCGCAUGACGACCAUAACUACAACUCCUGCCAACGUAGGCACCACGACUGAGACUGUGUACACAACUGCUUCUACAACCGCCACCGUCACCAACAGUGCCACGGUCACGCAGGCUCAGCAGACUACGGUCACCACGUGUCCUGCAGUUACGAGACGUGCAGUCUUAUAA